AUGGUGGUAAAUCAAAGAACAUUUUUUGAUGUAGAAAUCGAUGGAAAGCCAAUUGGUAGAAUUGUUUUUCAAUUAUUUAAUGAUGUUGUACCACUAACUACAGAGAAUUUCAGAGUUUUAUGUUUAGGUACACAGCAUUCUAAGGUAUCACACCAGCGUCUUCAUUAUAAAGGAUCACCAUUCCAUCGUAUUAUCAAAAAUUUUAUGGUUCAAGGUGGAGAUUUUACAAAUAAAAAUGGUACUGGUGGGGAAUCAAUUUAUGGUAGAAAGUUUGAUGAUGAAAAUUUUAAAAUCAAACAUACCGAGCCAUAUUUAUUAUCAAUGGCAAAUGCAGGCCCAAAUACUAAUGGUUCACAGUUUUUUAUAACAACAGCACCAGCACCACAUCUUGAUGGUAAACAUGUCGUUUUUGGAAAGGUAGUUCAAGGUCAAAAUGUUUGCGAUAUUUUAAAUUCACUU